UCAAAGUUUUAUUGUGAAGUUGUGUUUCCUUUAGAAAACCAAAUUGAAAUUAAGUUUUUUUAAGUUUUUACAGUUCGAGUGCAAUUUGUACAGCACCUGUGUUCAAUUACCAAGGACGCAAUGUUAUUCCGCGUUUGGAAAAAGGGUUGAUCCCAGUUAUAUCACAGACAACACACAGCGUGUGGAAGGUGAUCAAGCGUUAAUAACUAUACUAGUAUCUCACAAUAUUCCACGGGAGGAUAAUUCACGAAACGACGAAUCAAAUACUUUUACAGUCGAGCGCGGAAACGUAAAUCUACAACAAAUAUGAUUAUAAGUUGCUGCUUCGUAACUACUUCAUUAAAGACGCUUGGGUUAGUAGUUCACGGUCCAAUCGUGAUGAAUCCCUUCUCCAACGACCUCGUAGAAUCCCCAGAAUUUCCCUAAUACGCUUACGAUAUUUUUCCCUUAUAAUUUCUACUGGGAGGGAAUUUUUCAGAUUGCAAAUAAUACGUUGAUUGUGCAAAUUAAUUCAUUUGGAAAAUUACGUUUUCGACUUCAAACCGAAAAUUGAGAGAUCCAAACCAACAACCAAAAAAAAAUUUCCAGACAAUUUAAAUUUCACGAUUUCAAUUGCACAAUUUAAAGAAACGCCUGCCGGAUUGAAAUUGGCUUGUUGACCGGUCACGUAAGACUGGUUAUUCGGUCACACAUAAAGAUCACACUUAUUAUUUUGGAUGGUGAGAGAAAAAAAAAUAGCAAUAAUUGCGCGUUUAAUUGGUUUCGAAUUAGGCGACACAAUUAAGGGAAAGUAUAACUUCCAAUAUCCUUUUCUAUAAUUUUUUGUUUUUGUUACCGUUGUGGUCAAGCGACAAACAGGCGAGCCGGUUGUCGAAGGCUAUGCGAAUGUAUAGCUUGCUACUUGUUAUUUUCCGUUUCACGCGAUGUCACCGAGAAUCCGAAACUCUGCGAGACGUUAGCGCCGAGCUACUCACGCAUGAUCCGGUUUUACGGGGUGAGCCAAGAGACCUUCAAGAGUCAACAAGACCCCUCCUUUUGGAUAGUAUCAUUUCCCAGCGUCGCCUGUAACUUGCAGUAAUGAGUAACCACAGCUGAAACGACAACAGUGCGACUAAUGUAUAAAAGGACAAUGCAGUGGUUCUUAACAAGCACAGUCAGUUCUCUCAGUUUCCAGUCUCAGCUUCUCUCUCUGAAAUCUCAAUUUACUUUAUACUUAUCGUCAUGUCUUUCUCGAUGCUUACUUUGAUCGGUGCUACCGUUUUGAUGGCACUCAUCGGCUCAUCACUUUCGUACUCGGAUACUUAUUCCAACACCCCGAGUUACUCUUACGCCUACCAAAUUUUGGACACUUACUCCGGCCAGGAUUUCGGGCACGAAGAGGCCAGCAAAUCUGGCAAAGUGAACGGUGAAUACCGUGUUCUCCUACCUGACGAUCGCCUUCAAGUUGUUAGCUACUCUGCCGAUCAAAAUGGUUACGUUGCCGACGUCCAAUAUGCCGAUGGUUCAUCCAGUCCAGCUUAUGGCAAAGCUGCUGGCGGUUAUUCAUCGGGUGGUGCUUCCGUCAAGACCUCGUCGUACUUCAAUCCACCAACUACUUCUGGCAAUAGUGGAUACUCAGUCAACAAUGGUGGAUACCAAUACGGCGGAGCUUCAUCAACAGGAAACAGUUACGGUGCUGGAAGCUACAACAAUAAUUAUCAGAGCGGUGCUGGAGUGAUGGCUGGUCAGGGAUCGAUGUACCAGCAAACUGCCUUUAAAUCCGGUUGCGUUUGCCAGUGCCCAGCAUAGAUAUAGCAUAGUGCCCUGCCCAAUUUCAAAUUAACCUUACAUAAUUGCGGUCUUCGCUCAUAUUUAUGCAAAACAAAAAUGCUAGAUAAUAUAAUUAUUUAUUUGAAAGCCGCUCUAAAAUUUUGUAGCUAAGGAUAUAUUGUUCUUUCGUAUAUUAAUGACGUGUGGCUUAAAUAAAACAUGCGGAUCCCA